CACAAUUUCGAUAUCUAAUUUCAACAUGUUUUAUAUGAUCAGCAUUUUGGUCAUCUCCAUAGGAGUGAUCAUAUCCCAACCUGCAGACACAUUAAGUUUUGUACCUCCUCGGAAUAUCUCCGACAAAUUUCGAAACGAUUUGGUUGCCAUCGAUUUGGCCUCCACAGACUAUGGGCAUAUAGUUCAGAAAAAACCAGCAGCAGUAUUCUAUCCAACGUCCACAGAUGAUAUUAGAAGCUUAAUACAAUUUGCAAACAACAAUUCUAGCCCUCUUGGCAUAGCGGCUAGAGGGCAUGGCCAUUCGGUUCGAGGACAGUGUAUGACUGACAAUGGGGUGGUGGUAAAUAUGACAAAUUUGAUAAACCACAAAAGUGGGCCUGGGAUUUUUAUCUCACAAACUCCUGCUUUGGGUUCUUAUGCUGAUGUUGGAGGUGAGCAGCUUUGGAUUGAUGUGCUCACUCAAACCCUCAAACGUGGUCUUUCUCCGGUGUCGUGGACCGACUACUUGUAUUUGAGCGUUGGUGGGACGCUCUCUAAUGCUGGUAUUGGCGGCCAAACUUUCCGCUUUGGUCCUCAGAUCAGCAAUGUUUUUGAAUUGGAUGUUAUCACCGGAAAAGGAGAUUUCGUGACGUGUUCCAAAGACAAAUCACCUGAGCUAUUUUAUGCCGUUCUUGGAGGUUUAGGCCAAUUUGGAAUAAUAACAAGAGCAAGAAUUGCCCUUCAGCCAGCACUGAAGAGGGUUAAGUGGAUACGGAUGCUGUACAAUGACUUCUCUGCAAUCUCUCGAGACCAAGAAAGGUUGAUCUCACUGAAUGGAAGAGGAGAGAAAGAUGGAGUAGAUUAUCUAGAAGGUCUUCUACUAAUGAGGCAGGGUCCUCUUGAUGUUUCCUCUUAUCCCAAAUCCGACCAACCAAAAAUAGUUUCCUUAGUUACACAAUAUGGAAUAAUUUACCUCUUAGAACUAGCCAAAUAUUAUGAUGACAGCACUCGGGAUAGCGUGGACAAGGAACUUCAAGUUUUGGUGAAAGGGCUAAGCUUUGUUCCUGGAUUUUAUUUUGCAAAAGACGUAGAAUAUAUAUAUUUUCUAAAUAGAGUACAUUAUGAUGAACUGAUUCUCCGUAAACAAGGACUUUGGGAUGUUCCUCAUCCAUGGUUAAAUAUUUUUUUACCAAAAUCACGAAUUUCUGAUUUUGAUUUUGGCGUCUUCAAAAACAUUCUUCUUAAAGAAAGUGUCACUGUAGGAAUCGUUAAAUUUUAUCCAAUGAACAGAAACAAGUGGGAAGAUAAAAUGUCUUGUGUGAUACCAGAUGAAGAUGUUUUCUAUACUGUAGCUCUACUAUAUUCAACUAGAAUUUUUGAUUGGGAAGCAUACGAUGCAGUAAAUAAACAACUAUUAGAAUUUUGUGAGAAGAAUGGCAUACCGGUAAAGCAAUAUCUUCCCUACUAUGAAACUCAGAGAGAUUGGAUAAAUCAUUUUGGCUCAAAAUGGACAAAUUUUCAGGAAAUGAAAGCUAAUUUCGACCCCAACAAAAUACUCUCACCGGGCCAGCGAAUUUUUAAUUAG